CACAGGCAAACAUAAAAAGGCGGCUAGCACUGGGAAUUUAGCUUUAAACGAUGUUCGCGCCGUUGACGCUGAUGGUUGGACUGCUGCUCUGCUUGGCAGGCUCUUCCCAUGGAACUGGCUACAAUGAAGGCAUUAACUACUGGGAAGCUUUUGCGCCAGGCAAGUUACUGCAACGUUUGGAUUCUCUAACACAAGUGGAUAACAUUACAAAUGGUGGAGAGACUAACGCCAGUCGAUUAUUGCCAGCAAAACGGCAUACAAACGCCACAAGCUCUAAAGAAACGGCACACCGCAAAGCCGAUGAGUAUGAAGAUCACGACGUGGAAUUGGAUUCUGAUGAUGUCGCGGACCAUGCAGAGGAGAUUGACAGUCACAGUGGUGAGGUGAGCAGAGAGGUACAUGACGGUGACGACGGAGAUGACUACGAGCGGAACUAUGAGCAGUUUGUGCGACAAUAUUUUGAUCGUGUACACGACAGCAAUGGCGAGGAUGAUGGUAGCAAAGAGCUGGAUGUCAGCUUGCACAGUGGAAGCGUAGAGAAGGAGUUUCCUGCUCAGCUGCAAACUGAUUAUGAUUACGAAUCAGCCCCGUAUGCUAGCACGGUAAAAAAGACGAAGCAACGAGAAGAGGGCCGGGACAGGGACAGGGAUCGGGCUCAGGAUCGUGAUCAACAGCACUGCAAGCGCAUCCUACGUCAUGGGCAACUGUGCACGAUUUGCCGAGAGUUGCGCAACAAUGAGAUCAGUGAGACCUGCAGUUACUCGCACGAGGGCGAACCUCAGAGAUAUGCCUAUGGCAGUGGCACACAAUACAAACGCUAUCGCGAUGAUUCUGUCGAUUCAGAGGGUGACAACGAUGAGGCGCGGAGCUUGCAGAGGCCAAUGGCUAUUGAGAGCAGCUUAUGCGUGCGAAGCCUCCACAAGCAGCGUGUUUGCUAUGAGUGCAAGGACAGCGAUGGGGAAAAGAUGCGCCGCUGCUAUAAUGCCCAUGAGGAUGCAGUGCCUCCGCGGACUCCACCAUCCAAACCGCUGCGGAAAUCUCACAAUGCCGAACAGCGCAUAUACAAGCGAACUGUAACCUAUGCCUACGAUGAGCAUGCUAGUGAUCACGAAAACGAUGGUAAAAGCAGCACAGCCAGGCCCACGCCCCUAGCGACUUCAAAAAACUAUAACCCGAAUUUGUUCGGUACGGGAGCGGUUGCGGGUGCAGUGGCGCGAAAUAUAAGAAUAAUACCGAUGAAGCGUCAGCGCCAUCGCCGAACAGUCGUCAAAGUCUUGCGAACGAAUCGCCGGAGCGGUAUUUAGAAAGAUUGCCCUAAGACUUGGGUUACUUUUUAAAGUUUUUUUUUCAUAUAUUUAAAGUUUUUUUUAUUAUAUGAACAUUUUGUUGUGAAUGUUUCGUCUUACUGUCGGAGUUAAAAUACAUAGACAGACAUGUCUA